CGCGGCCGCUCUAGCUCGGUUCCGGGUUCGCGCGCCUCGGUGGUGGCGUCGGAGGAACGGAAGGCCGGUCCGUCGACCCGUUUCCGGGCCCUUGCUGUGCGGUCUGAGCCGGGUCCUGGGAGACUGUGGGUGUCGGAGCCAGCCCCGGGCGAAAAGGGAGCGGAGCCGCCAGCCUCCUCCCGCCGCCCGCAGAUCUUUUUGGCUGUGAGGAGGAACUGCAGAACUGCCUCACUACAAAAGGGAUGGGAUCGGAGAACAGUGCUUUAAAGAGCUACACACUGAGAGAAUCGCCCUUCACCUUACCCUCUGGACUUGCUGUUUAUCCCGCCGUACUGCAGGAUGGGAAAUGUGCUUCAGUGUUUGUCUAUAAGAGAGAAAACGAAGACAAGGUUAACAAAGCUGCCAAGCACUUAAAGACACUUCGUCACCCUUGCUUGCUAAGAUUUUUAUCUUGUACUGUGGAAGCAGAUGGCAUUCAUCUUGUCACUGAGAGAGUGCAGCCUCUGGAAGUGGCCUUGGAAACCCUGUCUCCUGCAGAAGUCUGUGCUGGAAUCUAUGACAUAUUGCUGGCUCUUGUCUUCCUUCAUGACAGAGGACAUCUGACACACAACAAUGUCUGCUUGUCAUCCAUUUUUGUGAGUGAAGAUGGGCACUGGAAGCUUGGAGGCAUGGAGACAGUUUGCAAAGUUCCUCAGGCCACACCAGAGUUUCUCAGGAGUAUCCAGUCAGUAAGAGACCCAGCAUCUAUUCCUCCUGAGGAGAUGUCUCCAGAAUUCGCAGCUCUGCCGGAGUCCCAUGGGCACGCCCGGGAUGCCUAUUCCUUUGGCACUUUGGUGGACAGCUUGCUCCCCAUCUUGAAUGAGCAGGUUUCAGCGGAUGUUCUCUCCAGCUUCCUACAGACUUUGCACUCAGCUCUGCUGAAUCCCAUGCCCAACUGUCGGCCAGCACUCAGCACCUUACUGUCCCAUGAUUUCUUCAGAAAUGAUUUCCUAGAAGUUGUAAAUUUCUUGAAAAGUUUGACAUUAAAGAGUGAAGAUGAAAAGACUGAGUUUUUCAAAUUUCUGCUGGACCGAGUGAGCUGUCUGUCAGAAGAAUUAAUAGCUUCAAGAUUGGUGCCUCUUCUGCUUAACCAGCUGGUGUUUGCUGAGCCAGUAGCUGUUAAAAGUUUUCUUCCCUAUCUACUUGGCCCAAAAAAAGAGAAUACACCGGGAGAAACUCCUUGCUUGCUCUCGCCAGCACUGUUCCAGUCACGAGUGAUCCCUGUGCUUCUGCAGCUGUUCGAGGUUCACGAGGAGCAUGUGCGGAUGGUGCUGCUGUCCCACAUUGAGGCCUACGUGGAGCACUUUACUCAGGAACAGCUGAAGAAAGUCAUCUUGCCGCAGGUAUUACUGGGCCUUCGUGAUACCAGCAAUUCCAUCGUGGCAAUUACUCUUCGUAGCCUGGCAGUGCUGGUGUCUCUACUUGGACCAGAAGUGGUUGUGGGAGGAGAAAGAACUAAGAUCUUUAAGCGCACUGCUCCAAGUUUUACCAAAACUAGUGACCUUUCCCCUGAAGGUUCUCCCAUGCAUGUUGUCUGCAGCAGGCAGAGUCAGACCGCACACCUUUUGGAGAACCCCUCCUCUAACGUACUCCCUAAAUGGCUCUUUUCUGGCAACGUGCCCAGCAGCAGUGAACACAGACAGGAAGAAUAUUACAAUACUCUUUUACAGACAGGUGAUCAGUUUUCUCAUGCUAUUAAAUUCCCUAUGAAUGGAAUCUCAGAUGUGAAAAACACUUCAGAGGACAAUGGAAACUUUCCAACAAGUUCUAAUAAGCCUGAGGAGUGGCCUGAUUGGAGUGAGCCUGAGGAGUCUGAGCACAAAACUGCCAAUGUUCAGAUAUGGCCCCGAGAACUGUGUGUUGUAGCAGAGUCCCAGCACACGGAUCUGAACACAGAGGAGUCCUGGGAUGACUGUGAGUCCAGCUUUGGUACCCAAGGAAACACAGCAGCUGGAGCCUCUGCUGCCAUGCCUCUUACCUCAGGGGGACAGAUGCCCGCUGCAGCUUUGCUUCCUCUCACUGAAGAGUCAAAGGGUUUGAAAUGCAGUCCCUCCUCAAAGACCAACCAUAGACAGCAUGGGGAAGUCAAACCACUGGAAGCGUCACAAGACAGACCCCUUAAGGUUCGGUCAGAACUUGGUUUAGGAGAAGAGUUUACCAUACAAGUGAAAAAGAAGCCAGUACAAGAUCCCGAGUUGGAUUGGUUUGCUGAUAUGAUCCCAGAAAUUAAGCCUUCAGGCACUUUUCUUAUUUUACCUGAACUGAGGACAGAAGUGAUGGUCCCUGACAAGGAUAACAUCACACCAGUAAUGCAGUUUUCCUCAAAAUUUGCUGCAACAGAAAUGACUGAGGGAGAGGCAGAAGGCUGGGAAGAAGGAGAAGAGCUAACCUGGGAAGAUAACAACUGGUGACGAUGAGGAGGAGCUUAAACUUCAGGAAGAAUUCUCAAAGAAUACCUCAAAGCAAGCUGCAUGGAUGUAAAACCCCAAAGCAGCCUGUGUUCCCUGUAGCAGGAGCUCCUUCUGCAGUCUGUGCCAAUUCAAGCAGAGCCCACCCUCAGAGUGCUAGCUAAGCCCUGGGUGGCAGAAGGCUCUCGGCACCACAUUCUAGGAGAGAGCCUGUGUGCACCUGACUGAGGUUUCCAUGCAAAACAAAUAGCUACAGAAGUGCUUUCUUCCAGGAUAAUUCUGGAAGUAAAGAAAAUAAAAAAAUUCAAGCUGGUAAGCUUAACUUUGUGCCAUUUCUGCAAGAGUAAAAACUCUAUUGUGAAAAAUAACUUACUGAAAAAAAAAAAUCUAGCUGUAAAAAUUUUAACUCCAAACUGCUAAGAUUCCUUAGGCAGUUUAUUUAUUUGUUUACAGUUUAUCAUCUGAGUUAAAAGAAAGGUCCCUCCCUCUCCUUUGGACCUGGGCAGUUACUGUUCCACCUGUAUUACACUGUACCAAAGUUCUCAAUGAGAAUAUCCUCCCAUUUUGUUCUCUAUGUCGAAUAAAGAUUAUUUUCAUUUACACAAAGCUUUUAUAUAUGAUAUGAAAAUAUACAAACAUGAUUUACACUUACUUCAUUUACAAAACAUCCAGACAAGGCAUUUGAAGAAUCAAAUCUAGUUCCAUCUGACAUAGUACAUCCAUAUUUUAUAUUUUACCCUCAAGCACACAGCAUUUUAGCUUCUCAAUUCUUUCCUGCAGUGCCUCCAGCUCCCCUAGCAGCCAGGCUGGAGCAGGAGAGUGUUCCAGUAACAACUCAGUUGUCUCUAAAGCCCCUGCUGCUGCUUGAAAUGCUGUCCUGUACUCUUCUUCCCCGGGGAGCUCAUGACGUGCUCUCUUCGUGCAAGGCUGGAGAAUGAUGAAAACAUGAAACAAGUAAUGCAGCAAUACUCAUUCUAAAGAUAAUGUAACAGUUAUGUAGUUAGAGGACCAUAAAGAAGGGCACCUUUCCCAG